GUGAUGGAUAGAUGUUCGCUAUCCGCGCGCACUCCGGGUUAUUCAAUCUAUCGUCGCGUGCUGCCGCAGCAUCAGCGCGUCGCCGGCCGGUAUUACUCAGAAAGUUCAUCGCCGCUGCAAACAUGUUGGCGGUGACGGGGUGCGAGGUUCCGGGACAGGGUUGGGAGGAAGCGGCGGAGGAGAUCAUGAUUCCAAGGUACAGCAGCGGCGGGGACGGCAGAAGAGGAAGAGGGGUUGCGAUUGUUUGGUACAGGAAUGAUUUGAGGGUUUUGGACAAUGAGGCUCUGUACGCAGCUUGGGUUUCGUCGGAGGCUGUGUUGCCGGUCUACUGUGUGGAUCCCACCCUCUUCUCUUCAACUACUCAUUACUUUGGUUUCCCCAAAACCGGAGUCUUGAGGGUGCAAUUCAUCAUAGAGUCAUUGGGUGAUUUGAAAAGGAAUUUGAUGAAACGGGGUCUUAACCUAUUAAUUCAGCAUGGGAAACCUGAAGAUAUUCUACCCUCACUUGCAAAGACAUAUAAUGCCCAUACAGUUUAUGCCCAAAAGGAGUCAUGCAGUGAGGAGCUUAGUGUUGAAAGGGCGGUCUCCAAACACUUGGGAGCUUCCAUACAACUGUUUUCAAAAUCUCAGAAUGCAACCCGGUUAGAACUGCUGUGGGGAUGCACUAUGUACCAUAUAGAUGACCUUCCAUUCAACUGCAAGGACUUACCAGAUGUAUUUACCCAGUUCCGUAAGUCUGUUGAAUCAAAAUCGGUAAUUCGGAAUUGCAUAAAGAUUCCUACAUCACUUGGUCCCUCUCCCAAUGUUGUAGAUUGGGGAUCUUUUUCUGAAGUUACCCAGCUCGGGCUCCAGCCAUACAAGGUAUCUAAAGGGUUGAAGUUUAUAGGUGGUGAAACCGCUGCUCUUGGUAGGGUACAUGAGUAUUUCUGGAAGAAGGAUAUGCUACAAAUGUACAAAGAAACAAGAAAUGGAAUGCUAGGACCUGACUAUUCAACUAAACUCUCCCCUUGGCUUGCUUCCGGGUGCCUCUCUCCUCGCCUGAUUUAUGCUGAAGUCAAGAGAUAUGAAAAGGAGAGACUAUCAAAUACGUCAACAUAUUGGGUUUUAUUUGAGUUGAUAUGGAGGGAUUACUUCAGAUUUCUUUCAGUAAAAGUGGGAAAUUCACUCUUCCAUCCAGGUGGACCUCGUAAGUUAACCUUUAAUUGGAGCAAAGACCAGAAAUUAUUUGAUGCUUGGAGAAAUGGUCAGACUGGGUACCCUCUCAUAGAUGCCAAUAUGAAAGAACUUUCUACUACAGGGUUCAUGUCAAAUCGAGGACGUCAGAUCGUUUGUUCUUUUCUUGUUCGGGAUAUGGGCAUUGACUGGAGAAUGGGAGCUGAGUGGUUUGAGACAUACCUCUUGGAUUAUGAUCCAUGCUCUAAUUAUGGUAACUGGUCUUACGGCGCAGGUGUUGGCAAUGACCCAAGAGAGGAUCGUUACUUCAGCAUUCCUAAGCAACACUCUGCGAUAUGGAUCCCAAUCAAAACCAAGUUGAGUACGGCGGUCUAAAAUAUUGAGGUUGAGUGGGUGACCAUGGCCUCAGAUGAUUAGGCAGAAAACUAUGAUCCGGAAGGGGACUUUGUAGCUUAUUGGUUGCCAGAGCUAAGAGCAGUCCCAAAAGAGAGGAGACAUUCCCCUGGUCUUUUGGGCGUCAAGCCAGUAGUUCCUCUCAGGCAUGGACGACGCACCAGUAAAUCCAACAAUAAUAGGUCUGGAGCAGCAAACACGGUACUGAAGAAGAACAAAUAGAACAAGGGACCAUUACUGGAGAAUGAAGGGUUUUUCAUUUCAUGUUCUCUCUCUCUCUCUCAUGAUGAGGUGAUUAAUGAGGCCUCAGCACAACUUUUCUUAGUGAUAGAUGAUUUCAACAAUUGUGUACAUUAUUUAUUAUUGAGAAAACUGUCAAAUACGUCUUGUAUUUAUUUAUUGUAAUAAUAAAAGUUAAUUACACCCUUGCUCUAUCAAAUCACUUGAUCAACCCCUCAUACUAUAAA